GAAUAAAGAGCUGCUGGCCGCCUCUGAAUAACGGAGCAGCGCAGAAACCGAGUCGCGUUUUACAGGCUCGGUAAGGAAUAACGGAAUAACUGGCGUGUCGUGUUCCGUCAUGUAGAUGUAGCGCUAAACAUCUGCUAUUAUCGGUCAGAGGUCAGAUCCAGCGGUCAGCAUGGCGUCAGGCAGCGUGAGCAGCGAGGAGGAGAAGAGUCUGAGGGAAUGUGAGUUAUAUGUGCAGAAGCACAACGUCCAGCAGCUGCUGAAGGACUGCAUCGUGCAGCUCUGCUCCUCACGACCCGACAGACCCAUGGCCUUCCUCAGAGAAUACUUCGAACGGCUGGAAAAGGAGGAAGCUAAGCAGCUGCUGAACCAGCAGAAAGCCAGCUCUCGCUCAGACUCUCGUGAAGAUGAGGUGUCUCCUCCCAUGAACCCCGUGGUGAAGGGCCGCAGACGGAGAGGAGCCAUCAGCGCUGAGGUGUACACCGAGGAGGACGCCGCCUCAUACGUCAGGAAGGUCAUUCCUAAAGACUACAAGACCAUGGCUGCUCUCGCCAAAGCCAUCGAAAAAAAUGUGCUCUUCUCACAUCUGGACGACAAUGAAAGAAGUGACAUAUUUGACGCAAUGUUUCCGGUCACCUACAUCGCAGGAGAGACUGUCAUCCAGCAAGGUGACGAGGGCGAUAACUUCUAUGUCAUUGACCAAGGAGAAAUGGAUGUGUAUGUGAACAGCGAGUGGGCCACCAGCAUCGGCGAGGGCGGCAGCUUCGGAGAGCUGGCUCUGAUCUACGGCACCCCGAGAGCCGCCACGGUCCGAGCCAAGACCAACGCCAAGCUCUGGGGCAUCGACAGAGACAGCUACAGGAGAAUACUGAUGGGAAGCACUUUGAGGAAGAGGAAGAUGUAUGAGGAGUUCUUGAGCAAAGUAUCUAUUUUAGAGUCUCUGGAUAAGUGGGAGCGUCUGACCGUGGCUGAUGCUCUGGAGCCGGUGCAGUUUGAGGACGGACAGAAGAUCGUGGUUCAGGGAGAACCGGGGGACGAGUUCUUCAUCAUCCUGGAGGGAUGUGCAGCCGUUCUGCAGCGCAGGUCAGAGAACGAGGAGUUCGUCGAGGUCGGCCGGUUAGGACCCUCAGACUACUUCGGCGAGAUCGCUCUGCUGAUGAACCGACCCCGUGCCGCCACCGUCGUGGCCCGCGGGCCGCUCAAAUGCGUCAAGCUGGACCGGCCGCGCUUCGAGCGUGUCUUGGGCCCGUGUUCAGACAUCCUCAAACGCAACAUCCAGCAGUACAACAGCUUCGUGUCGCUCUCCGUCUGAGACGCACCGCCCCUGAAACCUUUCCCGCAGGGCCCAGCGUUCAGCGUUUCGUUUCCACCUCGUGUUCUGAGGCUCAUUACCGCUUCAUUAAGUCCAGAGCUUUAACGGCUGCUUUCAUCGUCGGACACUUAGAGCCAAAUGAAAGGACAGACAAUCAAACAUACGUUCCUCCAAUCCAGUCACAGCCUUUACUCUGCAGUGUUUUUACCUUUAAUUCCGAGCAGUAAAUGAAAACAAUAGAGGAGUAUGAAUAUAUUUAUAGUAGAGUUAUUCUCAAACCAUUUUACCCUCACAGACCAGGUUAGUUUUUUAAGACGAGUUUUAUAAGAUGAACUGCCUACGUAUAUAACAGAGUGAUGUUUGGCUGUGCUGGUUCUGUUCUUUAAGCCUUACUGCCUCAUUUCCCUCCUCUAUCAACAUGAACACACAUACUGUUUUAUUUCUCCUAUCAUUCCAGCACACACUCUUGUGAUUUGUGUUCAGUUGCUUAUCGUAGAAGCUCGUGAGGCCGUUCCUGUGCGGGAUCUAUACGUUUAGGGUUUAUUGUUUGAGAAACUGGCUGAUCAAUUUUCAAAACUCAUUUGUGAACCGAUAACUAUGAGAAAACUCAAAACGAUGGUAGUUUGUGUUCUGUUACGAUGCCAGUGCCAAACGUUGCACAGAGCCUCACAGACUCGAAUUUAGCUUCUAGAGGCGAGCGUGACAGAUGUGAUUUCAUUUGUGUGUUCCUGCGUGUCACCGAAUGAGCUUUCAGUCAGAAUGCUUCAGUAUUUACCUUUCUGUCAGUAUAUGCUGAGAAAUACCAGUUUUAUUUUUUAAUACGUUUAUUUUUCCACAAAUUAGUCACGUGUCAUAAUUUCAAGUGUUUCUGUGGCUAUUCUUAAAGGAGUAGUUCACCCAAAAAUGAAAACUGUUGAAAACGUGCUCGCACUCAGAUCAUCUGAGUGUGUUUCUUCAUCAGGUUUGUAGAAAUGUGUCUCAGCAAUGGAUGCUCUGCAGUGAAUGGGUGCCGUCAGAAUGAGAGUCCAAACAGCUGAUAAAAACAUCACAAUAAUCCACAGCACUCCAGUCCAUCAGUUAACAUCUGGAGAAGACAAAAGCUGAAACACAUCCAGCAUUAAGAUGUUUUUAACUGAAAUACGAGGACUGGACUUGAACUAAAUAAUGGACUGGAGUGGUUUUAUCAGCUGUUUGGACUCUCAUUCUGACGGCACCCAUUCACUGCAGAGCAUCCAUUGCUGAGACACUGAUGCAGAGACAAACCUGAUGAAGAAACACACUCAUCUACAUCUGGGAUGGUCUGAGAGUGAACACAUUUUCAGUUCUGGGUGAACUGUUCCUUUAAACAGGCUUGUAGCAGUUUUAAUGUUGAAAUAAAAGACAGAAAUGAUUAUAAAAUUAGGUUUUGAUGUCAAUGCCGAGGCCUCUGGGUUCUAGCGGUACUGUUUAAAAACAGAGGCUCACAAAAAAUGAAGCAGAAAAUUAUUGAUGUCAAUACCUUUGAUACGUUUUUAUGAAAAUCCUACAAGGAGUUUUUUUUGGGGGGGGCUAUUUGUUGAUUACAUGUCCAUAUUCUGUUUUGCUGUUAAACAAUCCAGAGCAAUCAUUGUUUGAUUGUCUUCAUUCACAAAAUGCUCCUUGUUUUAGCUUUUGAGAAAUGCAUAUUAAAAUGGUGUAACACGAAG